AUGAAUGAUAUGACAAGUCUCUUAAAUCUGAAAAGAGAACAGUUUCAUGUACAUAUUAGGAAAUAGAGAAAUGAGAAACAAUUCAAAGAAUCAAGAAAACUUUACUUUUUAUCACUGUUUCCUUAGUAAACAUAGAUGCAAGAGAUAAGCGCCAAAAUAAGAGACAUAAUGGAAAGAGGUGAAUAAUUGUGUGGAGAACCAUUAAUAAUGAUAGUUGAGAAGAUUGAAGAAGUUUUGGAGAAAGAAAGCAAUCUUAAAUUAUUGGAUACCAUUGAUGCAGCUAUUUGGAUGCUAAAGUCUGUAGACGCAUAAAUAUAUGAGGAUGAACUGAGUGAUAACUAUAAGAUGCAAAGAAUUAUCGAUAAGAUGAUACCACUUUCUCAAGGGUAUUCUAUCCAUCAGGGACAUAUGAACUAAUAAAUUAUCAUAUAUGCUGCAAAAUUCCUCAAAUAUUGGACAUUGAUAGACGAUAAAUAGAUUUACCACUACUAUGGUGAAGUGGCUGAAACAGUCUAUUUCCUAUUAAAUAAAUAAGAAGUCAUUUUUAUUAAAAGAGGAGUUGAAAUAAUGCUCAAUCUAUUCGAAUGUGAUGACGGGAGAUUGUUGUCUAAGCUACACGAACUACUUAUUUGUGGUCAAAAUUUAGUUAAACCUAUUUGCAUUUUAUUAUAAAAUCACUAAAACUGUGAUAUUCAAACAACCAUUUGCAAAAUAGUACUUCAAACAUUUUUGAUGCAAGAUAAAAAUGGAAUGAACCAAUACUUAAAUUAUACCAAUUAGGAAAAUCAACUAACAUUCUUUGAUAUUUUAAUUGAACUAGUUUAAGAAUCGGAAGAGAAUAGCAGAAAACUCUUUCGUUAUCAAUUACACAUAAUUCACCUGAUUCUUGAGUAUUCUUCAAGUGAAAGAGAAUUACUAUAUGAGUACUACAAAUAGAAAAUGAAUUCAUCAGAAUUUAGAAUAAGGAUGAAAGAUUAAUGGGUAUUUCAUGAAUGGAAUUCCAUCCAGAAUGUUGUUAAUUAAAUUCAAACGCAUUUAGAAGAAUGA